GGAGAACAAAAUAAACGAAAAGCGCAAGGGAAAAAUAAUAUUACAGAAUUAAAAUAAAGAGGGAAUAUUAUUAUCAGAGAACGAGAAUUCUUCUUCGGCUUCCCUAUUCCCGAUUUGAGGCGAUUACAGGAGGUUUCCGAUCGAGGGAACCAGCGAUCACCGACGCGCGCACGCACAGUUUAUCGAAUACAUAUGGCGAUGGCAUCUGAGGAGUCUACCAGCGUUUGCAGCCACUGUGACAGAGCCAUCCCAUCCUCUAACCUUGAUCUGCAUAUGGUACACUGCGCCCGGAAUCUUGAAAAAUGUAAAAUCUGUGGGGAUAUGGUCCCCAAACGACAUUCAGAGGACCAUUACUCAAACACCCAUGCACCGGUAUCCUGUUCUCUCUGCAGUGAGACAAUGGAACGGGACAUUUUGGCUGUUCAUAAAGGGGAAAACUGUCCCCAAAGAAUUGUGACGUGCGAGUUCUGUGAGUUUCCAUUGCCUGCAGUUGACUUGGCUGAGCAUCAGGAGGUCUGUGGGAACCGGACAGAACUGUGCCCCAUGUGCCGUAGAUAUAUAAGGCUUAGAGAGAGGUAUAACCAUGAACUUAGGUGCACAGGCGUACCAGAUAACAGCGUUGGAUCUUCCAGAAGGGAUGUGAAUCCAAGGCCAACUGAGAGGGGGCCAAGAGGGGGAGUUCCUCCAAGAAGGGAGCCACAGGGGUAUUCACGAAAACGCCUUUUCUUCACCAUUGCAAUAACCGGAAUUGCUGUUCUGUUGGGCUCAUUUCUUUUCCAGAAGAGACCUGAAGCAAAUCAAGUGCAUUAGCCAGAUCAAGAAGGCGCCAGGAGAGUUUUUAUUUAUACCCGAUUUGCUUCUUCGUCCAUGUAAAUUAGCCAUAAACUAUUUAGCCAAAGACUUCAUCACAAUUCAUCUGGGCUCUGUAAUCUUUCGUGCGAGACAUAAAUUAUCUGUAAGUCAUCCGAGUUCGAGAUUGUAGUCGGGAUAAAAGACAGCUUGUCUAAACCAGUUUAGCUAUGCUUUCUUUCUUCUCUCGUGCUAUUUUCGUUCAGAUAACCUAAGAUAUUGGAGUUCUGCUGUUCAUACAGGCAAUUUAUGUUGCAAAAUGUAGUUGAAAUUCAAGUGCCUUCUCGUC